UUACUUAGCUGUAGAAUCUAUAUUUCCUGAAUGGAAUAAUUGGACACAAUUCCUCGAUGAGACGACCUCUGGGCUCAGACUGGAUGCGCUUGCAGAAUCUCAUCCUAUUGAGGUUGAAGUAAACCAUGCCAGUGAAAUUGAUGCGAUCUUUGAUUCCAUAAGCUACGACAAGGGUGCUUCUGUCAUUCGCAUGCUGCAAAGCUAUCUUGGUGCAGACCGUUUUCAGAAAGCUUUGGCUUCAUACAUAAAGAAGUACGCGUACUCAAACGCUAAAACCGAAGACCUGUGGGCUGUUCUUGAGGAGGAAACUGGGGAGCCUGUUAAAGACCUGAUGACUACAUGGACUAAGCAACAAGGAUAUCCUGUUAUAUUUGCAAAACUAAAUGGGCAAUAUUUGGAACUCGAGCAGGCUCAGUUUCUGUCAGAUGGAUCAUCUGGUCCUGGCACGUGGAUUGUUCCUAUGACUUCAUGCUGUGGCUCAUAUGAUGUGAAUAAAAAGUUUCUAUUGAAAGGAAAGGCUGAUAAGAUCCAUAUAAAAGAUUUUGCGGCCUCCGAAACUGCUGACAGAGGGACAUGCCAAAACUCUUGGAUCAAACUGAACAUUGAUCAAACUGGAUUUUAUAGAGUGAAGUAUGAUGAUGAACUUGCAGCCGGACUUGAAAAUGCAGUAAAGGCCAACAAACUCUCGUUAAUGGAUAUGAUUGGUAUUGUGGAAGAUUCAUAUGCCCUUUCUGUUGCUUGCAAACAAACACUGACAUCAUUGCUGCGUCUGCUGAAUGCUUAUCGUCAUGAGUCAGAUUAUACUGUGCUUUCACAUGUAACCUCUGUAUGUUUAGGCGUUAAUAAAAUAUCAACUGAUGCCACUCCUGACUUGUCUAGAGAUAUCAAACAACUUCUGAUCAAGCUUCUUCUAUUAGCUGCCAAAAGAGUAGGCUGGGAUCCUAAGGAUGGUGAAAGCCAUCUUGAUGUCAUGCUUAGAUCACUGCUCUUGCUUGCUCUUGUCAAACUUGGACAUGAUGAGACUAUAGCUGAGGGAAUUCGCCGUUUCCACAUCUUCUUAGAAGACCGAAAAAGUCCCCUUCUGCCACCAGAUAAUAGAAAGGCAGCAUACCUUGCUGUGAUGCGGAACGUGAGUACCUCAAGCAGGGCCGGUUAUGAUUCUCUCCUGAAAAUCUACAGGGAAACAUCUGAAGCACAGGAGAAGUCUCGCAUCUUAGGCUCGUUGUCUUCGUGCCCAGACAAGGAUAUUGUUGUUGAGGCAUUGAACUUUAUGCUUACAGAUGAGGUACGGAAUCAAGAUGCAUUUUAUGUCCUUGGUGGUAUUAGCUUAGAAGGACGUGAAGUUGCAUGGGCCUGGCUUCAGGAAAAUUGGGACCACGUCGUCAAGACUUGGCCAUCAAGCUCACUCAUAUCGGACUUUGUCAAUUCUACUAUUUCACCGUUCACCUCCGAGGAGAGAGCUGCUGAGGUUUCUGAGUUCUUUUGCACUCGUGUGAAACCAUCGUUCGAGAGAGCAUUGAAGCAGAGCCUUGAGAGGGGUGCGGAUCAGCGCUAGAUGGAUCGAGAGCAUCAAGAGUGAGCCGAACCUCGCCCAAACGGUGCACCAGUUGCUGCUGGAGGAGAUGUAAUCUUCUGCUAGCUAUAAAGAGAUUAUUUAUCACGAGGGGGGGUUCCAUUAUAAUGUUGUUGGAAAGGUUGUGCGUUUAUGCCUCGUGGCUGUUCUAGGAACAGUAAUUUAUGUGGUCUAGCUUUACUUAUUCAACACCUGCGAUAUCAACAGUACUUUGUUUUGGAGAGGUGAUGUGUUUGAAGUUUUUUCAGAACAGUAGCCAAUAAAUUCACUUUAUCCUUUCACAAAGCA